AACAGAGUGAGCUGUCGUGUUUUUGUGAGGAUCUCUGUGGUGGUUCGUAACAAGCGGAAUCAGAGUGAGAGAUCACGGAGCUCGAAGGAGCAACGAUCCCGAAAAUAUUUCUGGAAAACCGUUUGGAAAUAAACCUUUGAGUCGCUCUCAGUGCUUCCCAUCUGGAUCAGGUGAUCUGGAUGGUUUAAGAGGAUCCUGUCAAUCAUCGGGGUGUAGAUCAAAGGCAUCAGGAUAAAGACCAGCGGCUCAGAGACUACAUUUCCCAUGGAGCCUUGCACUCUGCUGCUCUCUGCUGUUCCAUGGAGCCUCCAGUCAGGGUUUUGGACCCACAGAACCAGUGAGACCCGGUAGGACCUGCUGUGUUGAUUCCUUGACCUCCUCCGACCUUCUCUGCUUCGCCCGCUGCGACUGAAGUCCGAUCGGAUCGGAUCGGAUCCCCUCCUCCCUCUGGAGCCCGAGCUGCUGCGUGGACUGCCUUGUUCUGGACCUGGUUCUGGCUGCAGGAUGGCGGUUGGGUCUGGUUUGGCUGUGGUGCUGGCUGCUCUCCUGCUGGCUGGAAGUGACGUUGCAGGUCAGAACCCGGACGACUUCCUGCAGGGGAACGGUGUGAAUCCCGAGGCCCGGCGUCCAGGAGAGGACUCCACCAUCGCUCCUGAGGACCGAGACCGCUUCCUCAGCUGCUACUGCUCUGGACACUGUCCUGAUGACGCCAUCAACAACACCUGCCAGACCAACGGUCAGUGCUUCGCCAUCAUCGAGGAGGACGAGCACGGAGAGGCUCAGCUGACCUCCGGCUGCAUGAAGUAUGAAGGCUACCACUUCCAGUGUAAGGACUCCCCCAACGCUCAGACCAGGAGGACGAUCGAGUGCUGCAACACCAACUUCUGCAACGAGAACCUGAGGCCCACGCUGCCGCCGCAGGUUCCCAUGGGUACGUCCUCAGCUGAACGGGUUGUGGAGAACCUGGAGCUCAGAUCUAACCAGGUUUCUGUUCCCACAGAGAUCAGCUCUCAUUGGCUGGCCUUCAUCAUCUCCAUGACGGUCUGCUGCUGCACCCUGAUCUGCCUCACCAUCGUCUUCUACUACAGGUACAAGUGGCAGACGGAGCGGGAUCGCUACCCCAAAGACCUGGAGCAGGAAGUCUUCAUCCGCGGAGGAGAGUCCCUCAAAGACCUCAUCCACCAAUCACAGAGCUCCGGCAGCGGCUCAGGGCUCCCCCUGCUGGUCCAGCGGACCAUCGCCAAGCAGAUCCAGAUGGUGCGUCAGAUCGGGAAAGGCCGCUACGGCGAGGUGUGGCUCGGCCGCUGGAGGGGAGAGAAGGUGGCCGUCAAGGUGUUCUUCACCCGCGAGGAGGCCAGCUGGUUCAGAGAGACGGAGAUCUACCAGACGGUCCUGAUGAGGCACGAGAACAUCCUCGGCUUCAUCGCUGCAGACAUCAAAGGUUCUGGUUCCUUCACGCAGCUCUUCCUCAUCACCGACUACCACGAGAACGGCUCUCUGUACGACUUCCUGAAGGUGAACACGCUGGACGCCGCGGCGCUGCUGCGCCUGGCCUACUCCGCCGCCUGCGGCCUCUGCCACCUGCACACGGAGAUCUACGGCACGCAGGGCAAGCCCGCCAUCGCCCACCGAGACCUGAAGAGCAAGAACAUCCUGGUGAAGAAGAACGGCACCUGCUGCAUCGCCGACCUGGGCCUCGCCGUCAAGUUCAACAGCGACACCAGUGAGAUGGAUAUCCCUCUGAGCAGCCGGGUGGGGACCAGGCGCUACAUGGCUCCAGAGGUUCUGGACGAGAGCAUCAACAAGAACCACUUCCAGGCGUACAUCAUGGCCGACAUGUACAGCUACGGCCUGGUGGUCUGGGAGAUGACCAGACGCUGCGUCACCGGAGGCAUAGUGGAGGACUACCAGCUGCCGUACUUUAACAUGGUGACCUCUGAACCCUCCUAUGAGGACAUGCUGGAGGUGGUGUGUGUUAAAGGACUGCGGCCCACGGUGUCCAACCGCUGGAACAGCGACGAGUGCCUUCGAGCCAUGCUGAAGCUGAUGUCAGAGUGCUGGGCCCAGAACCCCGCCUCCCGCCUCACCAUCCUCAGAGUGAAGAAGACGCUCGCCAAGAUGGUGGAGUCCCAGGACAUGAAGAUCUGAAGAAGAUCCUCCUCCUCCUCUUCCUCCCUCCGGAUUCACCCGACUCACUCCACCUGGACCGGAUCAGACCGGACUGAACCGCUUCUCCCAGGCUGCCUGCUGCACAGGGAGGAGGAAGAGGAGGAGAAACUGGGAGGAUCUUCCUCACAGCAGAACUGUCCUCCUCCUCCUCCUCUUCCUCCUCCUGGUUCUUCAUCCAGAGGCGGCGGAGCUCGACGCUUUCUGUGAAAGCCAAACUAGCCGCUGAACGGAGAGAAGCAGGCCAGUUUCUUUCUUCUUCUUCUUCUCCUCUCCAGGACGGAGCUCUUCCUCCACGUCUUCCAGAAGCUUCUCCCUGAACUACAGAAGCUCCUCUGGUCAUCUGAGAACUGAGAGCUUCACCUGGAGCUCAGUGGAGUCCAGGAGACGCCUGCCGUCCUCUUCCUGUCCGUCUACUUCCUGUCCGUCUGUCUCAGUCAGAUCCGGUGGUAUUUUAAGGGGGCAGGGCUAUACGUGAGGCUCCACCCGUUUUCUGCUGAAAGCAGGAAGUGACAUGAGUUUAAGAACAAUUAGAGCAAAGAAUCCUGCAGGUUAGCAUCACAACGUGUGAUGGACUGAAUCCGCAGCAGAACCUGGAGUUCUGAUGAAGACGUCAGGAAUGUUGGAUCCUUCAUCCUGGUUCAGAACGGCGACGCCAUGUUUGACCGAGAAAAUCAAAACACUCCAGAAGGUUUCAGCUUGAUGCUCUGAUCAGAAAACAAACUGAAGCGGUUCUGAUCUGCUGCAGCUCGGCUAACGGUUUCCCUCCACUUCCAGUCUUUGUGCUAAGCUAAGCUAACAGCUCCCUGAAGCUGAAAAGGUGAGACUGUUCCUUUAAACGGGACGCCGCGCACGCCGCGGCUCUGCGCUCACGUUUCCUGUGUCCAAAUAAAAGGCCAGAAGAGGAAGAAGUUCUGAUGUGGAAGCGUUCAUGUCGUUCUCAUGUUGGACGGCUUCUGGUUUAAAGUUUAAAAAGAAAAUAAAAACUGUUCAUUCUGUCCAAGUAGCAGUUUGGAAGUAAAGGAGCUUCUUUUAGUCAAA